AUGGACCUGGAAACAGCACGCGCAAAUUAUCCAAACAGACUAGAGAGGUUAGAAGAAGAGCGUCUUAUGGACAUGCCUUUCGAUGUUACUGAACCUCAAGUUGAAGGACACGACGGCUUUGCCAGAUUCUACUGGAAACAUGACGAACAAUUGCAUCCUUUGAGACGGAAAAAAGGAAAGGGUGAAGACGCACAUGCUCCCAUGGAAAGAACAAGAUAUGCAUAUGAAAAGUAUCGUGAAGUUCGAAGUAAAAUUACAUCCGGUCGAACCUUUACAGUAAACUUUGACGAAGGAAAGAACAAAGAAGGCUUCAUGGGAGUACUUGCUGCCAUACAAGACGGAAAUAAGAAAGGAUACAAUCUCAGAUUGACCGUAACAGAUUUGGAUGGUCACAUUUACUAUGCACAUGGCAAUGUCACAACAGCCGCACAACUUCUUGACGCUUUCAAGACUACAAAGAGAGAACAAAUGGUUGAUUCCGACUCAGACAUUUUGAAUGCAAUUGAAGGAAUUGCAAGUGUGAAGUUCGAAUGGUAUCAACCUAACCCUCAAGCAGUCAGACAACAUGCUGGAUACUUCCCGUUCAGAAAUAAGUCUGACAUUGACUUGACAAG